AUGGAGUAUGAAUUUACACAUAAAAGAAAUAAUGUUAAAACCAAACUACAACUACCAAUUUAUUACCAAUUGGCUGUUUUAUUUCGAACUCAUAAUAAAACUAAGGUCCUUUGUACAGUUCAUUCAAUUGCUUAUAGAAUAGCUAUUUGUACAGAGUUAGUUAUAAAUGAUUAUUUAAAACUAGAUGGGAAUUUAUUUAAAGUAAGUGGUAAUACAAAUGAUGCUAUUUUAAAAGAAGUGGCUACUAGUAUAUCUUUAAUCACCAAUAAAAAUAAUUCUAUCACACCAAAACUAUUAGUAGCAAUUCUUAAUGGGGAAGUAGCUAAAUAUUCAAGUUUUACUAUAAAAAAAUUGAAAGAUAAAAUUUAUAACAAACUUAAGAAGGAUCAGGUGGUAAUUAAGAAACGUAAAAUAUUUUAUAUUUCUUCAAAAAUAGUACUAGUUGAUAAUGAUCUUUGGUUUAGAUUAUUUCAACUGAUUUUAGAAGAAAUUAAGUCUAAAAAAUUAAGUUUAAGAACAAUGAUCAUUUUGAUUUGUCUCAACUAUAUAAACAAAGGACAGGAUUUACUUAAUCAUUGUAAUGAGAAUGAUAAGAUUAAUGUUAAUACUGCCAUUAAUACAUGUAUAAACACUAUAAAGGAGUAUAAUGGUACUGAUAAAGAGAGAUUGGUAUAUCAGUUUCUAAAACUUUUGAUAAUUAAAUAA